AUGGCAUCAACUUCGUCUCCUCGUCGACGAUGGAAGUACGAUGUGUUUAUUAGCUUCAGAGGGGAAGAGACCCGUGCGACUUUCACCGCCUUUUUGUAUGAGGCAUUAAGGCAGAAGGGAAUUGAGACUUUUAUAGAUUCCGAUGAACUGCAGAAAGGAGAUAGCAUCAGCGACCUGUUUACGGCAAUUGAGGAGUCACGGUCCGCCCUUGUGAUUCUCUCACCGAAUUCCGCUUCUUCUUCUUGGUGCUUGGACGAAGUCGUCAAGAUAAUGCAGUGCAGGAAAGAGCUGGGGCAAAUUGUCACUCCGGUCUUCUACAACGUGGAUCCUUCUGAUGUGCGGCACCAGAGGGGAAAGUUUCAGCUACGAAAGAACUUCCAGGUGGAAGUAACGGAGCACGAAGAUGUAUAUGAGGCGAAUGAGGAAAAGUUCAUGGAGUGGAGAGCUGCUUUGACACAGCUCGCCAAUCUCUCUGGCUGGGAUUCCAAGAAUUACAGUACUGAUGCAGAAUUGAUGGACAACAUUGUUGCUAAAGUAUUUGACAAGUUAACUCAUCUGAUGUUCUCUUCAAGUGCUGACAAGGGCUUCAUAGGAAUGGAUUCCCGCAUUGCUGAUUUGUUGCACAAUUAUAUACGUCCACAGUUUGAUGGUGUACGUGUUAUAGGGAUCCACGGCAUGCGAGGAGUAGGCAAGACAACACUUGCUCUAGCUAUACAUGAUGAAAUUUGUCAGGACUAUGAUGGAAGGUGCUUUCUUUCCAAUGUUAGAGAAAGGUCCAUAAAGGAUGGCCUAGUUUCUCUACAAGAACAACUUCUUUUCACUAUCUUGGGGAAGAAAAUUGAUAUACAGAAUGAAUAUGAAGGAGCUACUAUGACCAAAAGGCGGUUAUGUAAAAGAAAGGUGCUUGUUGUUAUUGAUGAUGCGGUUCACACCACUCACUUAGAGAAAUUGGCGGGAAGUCGCGACUGGUUUGGUCCAGGGAGCAGAAUUCUUGUUACCACCCCAGAUAUUCAUUUGCUACAGGCAAAUCAAGUUGACGCUACAUACAAGGCUACUGGGCUAGAUGGUGCUGAAGCUACUCAACUAUUGAGCUUGAAGGCUUUCAAGAAAAGCUUGCCGCCAGAUGAUUAUUUGGAGUUGUGCAGCCUGAUUUUACAGUAUGCUCAGGGCCUACCAUUGGCUCUUGUGGUUUUAGGUUCUUAUCUGUUUGGUAGAAGCACCAAGGAAUGGGAAAGUGCACUUGAAAGGCUAAAGACUUCACCACAUAAAGGCAUUAUCGAUGUGCUUAAGAUCAGUUAUGAUGGACUGGAAGAAGUAAAAGACAGAAUAUUCCUAAACAUUGCUUGUUUUUACAAGGGGAAAGAUAGGGACCGUGUGACACAAAUACUAGACUAUUGUGAUCUGAACCCUGUCAUUGGUUUAAGUGUUCUGGCUGAAAGAUCUCUCAUAACUAUCUCUGACAAUGAAGUGUCCAUGCAUGAUUUGCUACAAGAGAUGGGCCAGGAAGUAGUUCGUCGACAGUCUCCUACAGAGCCAGGCAAAAGGAGUAGAUUAUGGUCUCAUAUAGACAUCCACCAUGUGUUGAAGAAAAAUGAGGGAACGAAAAAAAUCCAAGGCAUGGUAAUGGAGUUGCCUGAGUCAGAAGUGGCUCAGUGGAAUCCAGAAGCCUUUUCAAAUUUGUCUCAACUUAGUCUUCUUCAUAUUCGUAAUGUGGACCUUCCGGAAGGCCUCACUUGUCUUUCUAAUUCCUUGAAACUCCUGGAAUGGCCUGGAUGUCCGUUAAGGUCUCUCCCACAAAAUUUUGAAUCAGAUGAACUUACUGAACUUAGCUUGUGCCACAUCAACAUUGAGCAACUCUGGAUAGGAGCAAAGAAUUUUGACAAGUUAAAGUUCAUCAAACUACGCCAUUCUCAAAAACUUAUCCAGUCCCCAGACCUCACAGGUGUUCAAAAUCUUGAGACUUUAGAUCUUGAAGGAUGUAACUCUUUGGUAGAACUCCAUCAGUCCUUUGGACAACUCAAGAAGCUUACUGUAUUGAAUCUUAAAGAUUGCAAGAGUCUCGUGAGUCUGCCAAGUAGGAUUGGCAUGGAUUCUCUCAGAACCUUCAUUCUUUCUAACUGCUCAAAAGUUAAACAGAUUCCUGAGUUCGCUGAAAAUAUGGAGCGUUUGUCUGAGCUGUAUCUUGAUGGGACUGCCAUUUACACACUGCCCAUAUCAGUUGGAUGCCUGAGUGGCCUUAUUUCCCUGAAUCUGAGCAACUGCAGAGAUCUUCUAUCCCUUCCAAGCACCAUUAGUAGAUUGAAGUCUCUUGAAAAGCUUAAUCUUUCUGGAUGUUUGAAACUUGGCAAUCAGGCUAGUGCCAGAGAGAGUGGUGCAAUUAGAACUUCUGUAAAUCAUCUUAUUAAACGUGGUUGUGAAGUUGUUGGGAAAUAUUUCGCAUGGUCCUUGCUUUUUAGAUUGGUGAAAGAAGCGGAUAUCGAACCAAUGAGUUUGGAGCUGCCUAUAUCUGAUGAUUCUGAUCUGUGUUAUUCUACAGAUCAAAACACAAACACAUCGAUGAGUAUCCAGUUGCCACUAUCUGGCCUAUGGAAUCUAACAGAUCUAAACUUAAGUGGCUGCAAUCUUGGUGACGCUGCAUUUGCCAACUUUGCCUGUUUUCCCUCCUUAGUGGCACUAAAUCUGAGUGGAAAUAAUAUUGUUAAGCUUCCUCCAAGCAUCAGGUCCUGUUUUAACCUUCAGAACAUUAACUUGGAGAAUUGCAAGACACUUCAAGAGUUGUCAAACCUUCCAUCAAAUAGUAAAUUGGAUGUGAGGGCCGAUGGUUGUUCUGCACUCAAAAUGCUGUUUGAUUUGUCCAAUUUUAAUAGAUUGGAGAGAUCAUAUUUCAAUUUCAUCAGCUGCUUCAAACUAAAUGACAACCAGGGAUGCACUAACAUAGCAUUUGAAAUGCUGAGGAUUUUCCUUAAUCAGGGAAUUUCUAGUGCGACAGAAACUUUUCAAAUUGUUAUUCCUGGUAGUAGAAUUCCUGAAUGGUUAGAUCAUCGAACUUUUGGGAGUUCAUUAACUAUAGACCCCCUUCCAGGUGGGAAUAAGAGUGGCUUUAUGGGAUUUGUUUUGUGUGCUGUUUUUGUCCUCCAUGAGCAUGGUCAGGUUGAUGAUCUUGAUAUCCGUUGGUUCAAGACUUUUAAGGCUACUCAUCAUCUUGUAUGUUGUCUGAAGCUCAAUGGAAGAGAAUUACAAGUAUACGGCAAACAGCCUGCAUUUCGCUUUAACGAACAAUUUUGCCAGGUUGAGUCAGAUCACCUUUGGAUAUUCUAUGUGUCCCGUGAUAAAUACUUUGGAACAGAUUGGUGGAACAGUUGCAAUGAGCUCCAGUUCUUAUAUGAAAUCAAAGGGCCAGGUCUGAAGGUGAAGGAGUGUGGGGUACAUCUGAUAUACGAGCAAGAUAUGCAAGAGUUAAAUCAAUUAAUGACUGGAGUUAAAGGGGAAACUAGUGGUACUAGUACUAGAACCUGCACCCUUGAAGAACUGUAGGAUUUGCAGAAAUUUAGGGAUCCAGUUGUGGCCAAUUAAAAAAAACAGAAAUUGAGGAAAUGUUGAUACUAUGGUUGGAAAUGAGUGCAGAAUGGUCAGUAAUUACUUUCUAGAGCUCUCUUUCCUCAUUUAUACAGAAAGGUGAGCCUUGAUCCCUCUAGUGUCUUUAUUGAU